GAAAGUUUUAAAAGUGCCCCUGGAGCAUUUUCAGCGCUGUGCCAGAGAAUUCCUGCGAAAGGCUGUCGUGGCAAGUGUUACCCGCACACAUACACAUCAUCCAAAACCAAAACCAGAUCCAGAUCCAGCCAAUCCCCCCGUGAAGCGGAGUGAAAAUUCAUUGACGACGACUGGGGGCGAAAAAGCUCUGGCGGACGAGCGAAAGAGAAAGAGAGGCGGCACCGAGAGCGCAACCCUCUGAGAACAAAAACAACGAAACAGAGUUCAGCUGCACUAAGAACACCACCACCACCCACCACCCACACCACCACGACCGCCCACUGACCGACCACCAUUACCCCGACCUGCGGCAGUGAAAGACGGCGAAAGAGGCCAAGUGCAUAGUGCCACAGAGUACCUUCAUCAUAAUCAUCGCCAGCCGAAUUUGUUGAGGCCACCAGAGCACCACCAAACUACACAGAACCACCAGAGAAAUAGUCCAGAAGCCGAGAUAAAGGUCUAAGUUUUUGGGGGUCUAAGAUGGGCAAGAAAGACAAGAACAAGGAAGCGGCGGACGCUGCACCAGCUGGAGAUGCACCACCAACUGCCGGCCCUCCGGCCGGAGAGGGCGGCGAUGGCGAGAUUGUGGGCGGACCACACAACCCGCAGCAGAUUGCGGCACAAAAACGUCUGCAGCAAACUCAGGCGCAGGUCGAUGAGGUCGUAGACAUCAUGCGCACGAAUGUGGAAAAGGUGCUGGAGCGUGACAGCAAGCUGUCGGAGCUGGACGAUCGUGCAGAUGCCUUGCAGCAGGGCGCCUCGCAGUUUGAGCAGCAGGCGGGCAAGUUAAAGAGGAAAUUCUGGCUCCAGAACUUAAAGAUGAUGAUCAUCAUGGGCGUGAUUGGCCUGGUUGUCGUGGGCAUUAUCGCAAAUAAACUUGGCCUCAUAGGCGGGGAGCAGCCGCCACAGUACCAGUAUCCCCCACAAUACAUGCAGCCACCGCCGCCGCCUCCGCAACAGCCUGCCGGAGGACAGUCGUCGCUGGUGGAUGGGGCAGGAGCAGGAGGAUCAGCUGGCGGGGAGGCAGGAGCCGGCGACCACGGUGGCGUAUAAGCAAUCUCGCUGCAAGGACGAACGUUUCUCGAUUACAUCGGCCCCUUCGCAAAAGGGGGGCGAAACGCAAACCAAAAUAAAAAUACAGAAAGGAAAACUCAGUUAAACUAGAAAAUCUCGAGAAUUGCAAUGAAACUCAAUAAUAAUUUCCACUUAGACGAUGUGCACGAGUUGGUGUGAAGAGGUUUUAAGUAACUUACGUCAUAAUAUUAAUACUAAAUCUAAAGAAGACGCUCCGAACAAAUUAAAGUUGUUGCUAAUUUGUUUAUGGUUACAUUAUUUCAUGCAUAAAACGGUAAUAUAUAUAUAUAUAUAUAUAAAUAUAAAUACAAAUAUAUGGGACUUGAAUAUUACGAGUGACUCUAAACCGCGUACUACCCUAUACGGAACUUGGAUCUCUGCGCUGCACUGGCAACAAGGAGCGCCAGUGGAAGCAGGAGGACAGGCGGUCGCUUCCCGAUGUUCGCAGCUCUUUGAACUCAGUUUCCUUAGCAAAUCAACUAGACAAAAAACUAACAAAAAAGAAAGAAUACAUAACUAUUUCGGAACAAGACCCAAAAACCAAAGAAAUCUAAGCUUUGUUCCUAAGUAAAGUUACGCAAAUAUGAAUAUUCGAAAUGUAUAAUCCAAAAAAGAAGUUUGAAAUCGACAGGCCGCAUAAGUAAUUGACAGUUAAAUGUAUUCAUGGAACUUUAUUUAUAUAAAGUGUAGUCGGCUUAAAAUACAAACAAGAAAGCAGAAACAAAACACAAAGAAACUUGAAGUCUAGUGAAAAUAUACAAGCGAUUUAUUUGCAGAGUUAUGUUUAUGUGCAAUCAUUACUGUUGUGUUUAAAAAACAGCCGAGACAGCAAUUGAGUGUAGCUCGAAAGGUUCGAUUAAAAGAUGAAACCAGACAGUUCAACGAUUAAAUUAAGCGCUAGACACACAACACGUUGUUUAUCCAAAGGAUUUAUUAAUCUCGACGCAGGCAGCUGAGGCACUUAACAUAUGUUUGUAUAUUUCAAUGUUACGAGUAAUAGACGAGGCGGAACUUAGAGCAUAUAUAUGUACGUGUAUGUAACGAUAUGAUAUUUAGAUCUCACACACUCCACCCGAAACCCAUAUCCCCAUCAUUGUCGAUCGCCAAUCAGGAUCAGAGAAAUAACUUUGAGACAACACUCGAAGCACAUAUUGUACUUAACUUGUUUUGAAAAUACAACCUAUACUACGUCUAAUGUAUUAACUAAUUGAUUCUACAAGCGCCUGCCCAAAGUGCUUUGCCUACCAUCAAAUUGGGGCACGAACAAAAUCGAAAUUAACUAAAGAAAACCAAAGAUUAAAUGGAGAAAUCGAAAAUUUAAAUCCGAAUGCAGGUAUUUUUAGCAAUAUUCGUAGCGUGUACAAUAUGUCGCCCUUAAAGCUUAUUAGAAUCUCGUUCAAUUUCCAUCUCGAUCUCACCCAGACACUUCACAUGCAUAUAACCAUAAACAGAUAUAAAUCAAUAUAUGUAUGUAAUAACCAA